AUGGCUUGUAAGAGUACGACUGCCCUUCUCGCCAUUUUCGCUUUCGCAAUUCCGACAUUGAUCGGAGCCACUGAACACAUAGUCGGGGAUGAUAAUGGGUGGACGCUUGGUUUCAAUUACACCGCUUGGGCUCAAGGAAAAGAAUUCAGAGUCGGAGACACUCUUGUUUUCAACUAUCCUAUCGGAGACCACAACGUCAUCAAGGUAACGGGCCCUGAUUUUAAAUCGUGUAGCGUACCGUCAACAGCUGAGCCUCUGACCACCGGCAACGAUGUCAUCAUCCUAGCCACCGCCGGACGAAAGUGGUACAUAUGUGGGGUUGACAGUGGCGAAGGCACGCAUUGCGAUGCAGGUCAGAAAUUGGUCAUCACUGUUUUUGAUGCAGAAGUCGAAGCUCCAUCCCCAGCAAUGGCUUCGGAUGCUUCGGCUCCUUCACCGGCCGUGAUGGACAUAGACGUUGAGGCCGAUCUUGUGCCUUCUCCAGCGCCAAUCAGUGGGGAGACUCCAAAUGAGCAAUACUAUUUCUUCAAUAGGUUCUUGAAGGUAUAGAAGAUGGCGGUGGUAGAUUGAAGGAUUUAGUUCCACUUGUUGUUGCUCGGAAAAUAAAUUUGAUUAUAAUCGAUAGCAUAUGAUGUAUUUGAUAUGAAUUUGGUGGUAUAUAUGUACUAGAUGAUUGUUUCUGUU